GAGUUCAAACAUCUGAUUGGCCAGCGCUGUUUCAUUGACACAGGUGAAGUUAAUUAAUGCCAAUUAAGAUCCGGAAUAAAACACGUGAUUCUUCAAUGUGAAUCAAACUGUUUCUCUUCUCGAUCCUUGUUCGGUUGAAUCAGUUUGUCAAGCAGAUCUCCUCGUCAUGUCCGGUCGCGGUAAGAAGCUCGCAGCAGCAGUGAAGACCAAGCCGUCGGUGUCGCGCUCCUCCCGUGCGGGGCUUCAGUUCCCGGUGGGCCGCAUCGCGCGCCUCCUGCGGAAGGGGAACUACGCGGCGCGCAUCGGCUCGGGAGCGGCGGUGUACCUGACGGCGGUCAUCGAGUACCUGUGCGCGGAGGUGCUGGAGCUGGCGGGCAACGCGAGCCGCGACAACAAGAAGCUCCGCAUCGCGCCGCGCCACAUCCAGCUGGCGGUGCGGAACGACGAGGAGCUGAACACGCUGCUGGGCGGCGUCACGAUCUCGGAGGGCGGCGUGCUGCCCAACAUCCAGGCGCAGCUGCUGCCGAAGAAGACCAAAGCGGCGCGAGACCCGAACUCCAGCAAAGAGGUGCAGUCUCAGGACUUCUGAGCCGGACUCUGAUGAUUUUAAGCACUUUAAUGUCGAUGGUAUUAAUAAAGCUUUAGUUUGUAUUCUA